UGACUGACUACCCUGCCUCAUUGGAUGUUUGACUAGAUGUGGGGGAGUUAUGGGGGUGUUACGGGGGUGUGUCUCAUGCCCCACUGUCAGUUGACUUACUUUAAAGUGCUUUUUUAAGUUUUUCAGUUUUUCACGAUGGAUUACAGCCUCAUAAUUACUCAGCAUUAUUGCUUGUAUUUGAUUAAACUUUCCAAGCUAUUUUCGUGCUGCGCUGUUACAUGUUGAUAUUGGUAUCAUCUACAACAUUUUGAGUACUCUAGAAUACAAAUUUAAAAACACUUGCCAUGAAUUGGUGGGUUAUCAAUGUUUGAUACACCUGUACUGGAGUACAUAUUUUGGUAAAUCUCCCGGUGUUUUGAAAAUAGUAUCACCCCCGCCUAUCUGUUCCCCUUUUUCUUAAUUUAACUCUAACGAAAUUAAAUCAACAUUGUUUCAAGCAGGAAUAGUUUAGAGGGUUUCGUUGUCUACUUUGGGCCUUUUUGUCGAUGUCCACUCCGAUCUGAAGUGUCAUGAUGGACGCUAAAGAACUUCUCGAGUACAUAUGGGACCACCCACUUGAACCUUUUCAUUGUGGCUGUGCCAAAAGAGUUUUGAACAAGUACCUUAUGCUUCUUCGUAUACCAGGCGGAUACCACGAGCACAACUACUACGACUCUUGGGACCAGAAAGACGAGGAGAGACAACAAUGGGCAGCAGAUGAGACACAACCACACCAUAUGGCACAAAACGACGUAUCCCUCGAUGAAAGUCAACUUAAUCCAAAAAGAAAUCUAGACAAGCAAUCAGCAACAACGAUCCUUGUCAAACCAAGCUCGAAAAUUCCAGCUUUAACUCUGUCGAAAGUUGCCGACAAUAACCAUCAUUCUUUCCACGGAAAUCCAGUGUUCGUUGUCGAGGAAGCUAAGAAAGAGAUUGUCCCUUCACACACUCUCAAAGAUGAAACAACACGAAAACGGUCUGUGUCCAAACCCGACAAAAAUUACAGUAUUUUGAACAAAUGCGGCAUUGUGAACAAAGAAACGACAUGCAAGAUUGUGCAUUGUCUUGGUUACGGAGACAUGUUAAAAGAAAGAGACGACGUCAAAACUGACAUCAGCGAAAAGGCGCCCAAAACGUCUUGUCUUCGAGCACUGUGUAGUGACCGGACUUGGUGUGUUUUCGUGUUACUCCUUCUCUGGGCCAACGUCUUCAGGUGCAUUAUGUAUUUCUUGAAAGCGGAGACUAUCAAUGCCAAUCUUCAAAUAAUGACCCCAGUCUCAUGGUUCUUCGUGGUGGCGUCCUUGAACACCUGUCUGUUUGUCAGCUGCUACAAGGAGAGUCACUUCUACGAGUUCUUUUCAAAAUGGUCAACCCUUUUCAAGGACCCAACGACCCGUGCUCUCGGCAUGCGAGGCGCCCUGUCACAACGCUACGUCAAAGUGAUCAUUGCCGUUCAGUGGGGGGUAGCAUUCUUCAACACAGCGGCUGUCAUCUUUGUCUGCUUCAUGGAGGACGACUUUUCUGCUGGCCUCAACAAGAUUUUCUAUUUCACCGGACAGCGGACAGUUGCUUCCCUUGCUGUCACCUGCGUUGUGAUGUUUUUCUGCUCGUGUGGCUGGGUCGCUGCGCCUUCCUUCAUACUUAUCAUUUGCUUUCUCCUGCUUAGACACUUUCGAGAAUUCGACAAAGUCAUGAAGCUGCAUAUUGCAGGAUCAGACCAAGGAAUUCCCCGCCACCUCCAACAUCUCCGCGAGCGCCAUCUUGUCAUGUGUGAGACUGUUGAGAUCAUGGACCGCAGCUUCAGUGUCAUGAUGGCUUUUGUCUACGGGGUGUCCAUAAGCCUAUGCUGCCUGUUACUGUACACCUUGAUCAACAUACAAAUGGACCUUUCGGUGGUGUUCAUCACAGCUUUCUGGCUGGUCGGUACAGCGUCCAUAUUGGCUGUCACCACAUACUACAUGGCAGAGGUUAAUGUAGCAAUGCAUGCUGCGAGACAUGACCUCCAGACCGUGCAAACUCAUGGCGUCACGAUACAAGACCUCACCCAGCUGCAGUUGUUCCUUGCCAAGUUGAAUGGGCCUAGCAUGGGGUUUACCGUACUAGGCAUGGUCACCGUCACAAAGGAGUUAAUGCUAACGAUAUUUGGUCUGAUCCUGACGUACGCGGUGAUUUUGCUACAGUUCAAUUGAACAAACCCGUAAUUUCGAUCAAUGCACAACAAUGCCAAGCAGGUCCACCUCUUCUCUAAGACUUUGGGUUGCAGUUUACGGCGAGUUGGCAAGAUAACAAUCACGAAUAUUAUUAUGAUCUGCAGGAACAGACAUGAACUAUUGUAACUGAGAAGACGCAAAAAAGGUCACCAACCCCAACGUGUCAUCUUUAACCCCGCCAAAUGAAAAAAA